UGGGUUUUUUAUGCUACCCGAUUCACCCCCAUUUCGCUCGACGUACUCGAACAUGGCUUCGUCGUUGUCCGUCCUCUGGGCCUCGCCAGGCGCCCCUAAAUCUACGCGGACUCCACCUCCGCUCUCCCUUCCCUCUGCUCAUGCCGUCCCCAGCUUCCUCCGGAUGCAGCCGCGGCGGCCCCCGUCGAGCCUGCGGCCGCUGACCGCCGCCGCUGCCUUUCAGGUGGAGCAGCAGAAAGCGGUGGAGGCGGAAUCUGAGCCGUCUCGACCUCCUCCGUCUCUUCCUUUCCGAGUAGGCCAUGGGUUCGACCUGCACCGCCUCGAGCCGGGCCUUCCUUUGAUCAUCGGCGGCAUCGACAUCCCGCAUGAUCGGGGUUGUGAGGCCCACUCUGAUGGUGAUGUGUUGCUUCACUGUGUGGUCGAUGCGAUUUUGGGGGCGCUGGGCCUUCCGGACAUCGGUCAGAUCUUUCCAGACUCGGAUCCCAAAUGGAAGGGCGCAGCCUCUUCAGUCUUUGUGAGAGAAGCUGUGAGACUGAUGCAUGAAGCUGGUUAUGAGCUCGGAAACUUGGAUGCCACGCUGAUUCUGCAAAGACCAAAGCUAAGCCCACAUAAGGAGGCCAUCAGGUCCAAUUUAUGUGAUCUGCUUGGAGCGCACUCGUCCGUGGUAAAUCUAAAAGCAAAAACACAUGAGAAGGUUGACAGCCUUGGAGAAAAUAGAAGUAUAGCAGCACAUACAGUGGUUCUUCUUAUUAGGAUGUAAAGCCUGUCCAUCAAGGAAAGCUCAUAAAAUGUGUUUCAUCAUAGAUGUAUUUGAUUCCAAUGACUUUUAAGUAAUGUUAACAUACAAAUCAUGACAGAAAUGAUAAAUAAGCCCAGAAAUAUGGUUAAUGUUUGUGCUAA